GACAAUUUCGAUGAAUUGGGCGAGGAGCAAGAAUGAAUCAUCUCACAGUUGACUGAUUAUGAAUUGUAUCAAUGAUGGGUUUUCAAAGUGGAUGUAAGUUGGAAUGGGUGAAUUGCAAGAAUGGAUGGAUUUCAAGAGAUUCCUGAAUGUAGUUUACAAGAAAUCCUAGUCAUCAAUUACUGCUGUCUGCUGGUAAUAAUAUGCAAAUAGUUUGGAAUCUACCAAUAUUCAAAUAUUGAUUCUGCUCAAACUGAUAUAAAUAACUAUUACAAGAAGCAACUGUGGUCUUCAGCCACCACAUUUAUAGUCUGAUAGAAAGUCAGGAAGCCAGGAAGCUAAAUUGCAGUAUGAUCAAAAGCUGAGGAUUUUCCAGGCCUUCCUCAACAGAGAACAGAAAUCAUGAAAUCUCGAAUCUCAAUUUGAAGGAUCCUUUUUCCCCUUUUCGGUUUCUUCCUCGUUCUCCUGACCAUAGCGACGCUUGAACUUGGCAAUCUGCCCCAGACUUUCAGCCAUCUGCCGCUUUGCUCUGAAGUGGUAAACUUUACCAGUGUUGUGUAUUUUGGUCAUCAUGACAUUCAUCAAUCUGCCGCUCUGCGUGACAUAAGAUAUCCAUUGCCUUUGCGGGUGAGCUCCUUUCUUCAUUUCGACCGAAUCUGUUAUCAAGCAUCAGUUUGUGAAAGAUCAACGUGAGAACAACUCCAAGUCUCCAACAGGGUUGCAUCAUAUGCAUCCAUUUACCACAGUGCAAUUGGGAAGACCAUCUAUCUAGGUCCGAGGAAACAGAAACAAUGAAGGAUGGCAACAGAAGAGGUAGCUGCCUAAUGCCCACCAAGCUAAAGAAGAACCGAACAGAGUUUCACAUUCCAAAGAGAGCACUCUGAUCAGUGAUCACGAUGAGGAAAUUCAUCUACGCAAAAAAGACCUGACCUUUCUGGUCUACCUCCAAGAUAAAUAAGAAAAGCCAAACCACAGAGCAGAAAAGGCUGAACUAGUGCCAUUUGCAAGAGAUUCCCAUAGGACUACCAGCUUAAAUUGUGCUGACUCAAAGGAAGUCAAUUGAAUUAUUAGAAUAUUUCUCCACGAAAAUGGAUCCCUUCGGUAAUGCAAUUCCCAAAUUUCUAUCUAACAACCAUUAUCAAAUCCACUCAACAGUCCAAUUGGGUAAGAAAUGGCAGACUGUUCCGCACUGUGAGAAGAAUCACCAAACCAAGCUACUGGAACAUAACGUCGAACAACUGAUGGGCAAUGCAUAGGAACGAACAAACGAUAAAGAAAUCAAAUUGCACAGAAGAUUGGGGAAGAUGAACCAAACCCCUAGAUGAGUCGCUACAAGAGCAGAAAGGAAACAAGCUAGAAGAAGAUACUGACCUGGAAAGAGAUGCAGCGAUCUUGGUGAAGGAAAGCUCGAUAAACCCUACUCCAGUAUUCCUUCGAACUAGAGAACCCAGCUACGAAGAUCUUCGCAUUGAACAAGAAACAGAACAGGUUGAAGAGAGAUAUCGGGCUGGACCUGGAGACGGGCCGUUUGAUCCAGCCCCGUUUGAUCCAGCCCAGUUCUUAAGAUGUCUUUUAAAGUCUGCAUUUUCGCCAGCCGGGUCAGGCGGGUUGACCCGGGCCGGUUCCGUGGAUGGGCUGAACGGGCUCUGGCCGAGCCACGACAUCUCUCAGCGCCAUUCAUUAGAUCAAAGCGUCCUCUGGUUACGAGACUUCCGAUCAAAUCACUGCUGAACCAGAAGAAGAUUGUCGCUCCUUCGUAGCAUAAUUUCAGCACAAGGUCGGUCGAAGGGGAGGAAGAAUGGCUACUGCGGUAAUCGUAGGAGAUGCGAGCUCCUGGGCUCGAGCGCUCGUUAGGAUCUCUCCGUACACCUUCUCCGCCAUCGGAAUCGCCAUCUCUAUCGGAGUCUCUGUCCUCGGCGCCGCCUGGGGGAUUUACAUCACCGGAAGUAGCUUGAUCGGAGCUGCAAUCAAAGCUCCUCGCAUCACCUCUAAGAAUCUCAUCAGGUGCCUGAAUUUAGAACUUCUUACGUUCUUGCUUCUCUUCCAUUCUUGGUGUCUGCUUUCCUGAACCAGUUGUGCAUUCCUGUUUCUAAAUUUGGUACUUGGUGAUGAUCUGAUGAUAUUAAGACGCUGCAGUUGAAGUUUAGCUGUUCGGUGUUUUGGAAGUAGUUACCCGAAGAAUCAAACUCACUGGCAUUUAGAUUCAACUUGGUAAUCUGCAUUUGGCUAGAAUCGAAUUAAAUUCACUAGCCAGAGUGCCAGAAGGUCAAAUUGAAUGAUGAAAGAGGUGGUCUUUAUCUGUUUAUUUAAGGGAGAAGGAUCUGUUUUGGAAUUGCUUAGGUGUUGCCUACAUUUCUCUGUUUCUUCUGCAACCCAGGGAGCUCGAGCUUCUUCGGCAUUCCACAUUGUGGUUGUUUUGCUUGAUCCAAAAUCAGAUUUAGGACAUAAGAUUCCUCAUUGCAUCGGCUAGAUGCUUGGCUUAAAUCUGGAAUUUCUGUUUACACUCUGGGUCCGGUUUGCUAGUCCGGAGCUGAAGCUGGUGUAAAAUGUUUUAUCCUGGUUAUCUUAUCCUUUCCUUAUCUUAACCUAGAAUGUUGGUCACGUUAACGUCUGUUGGUACAUGAAAUUUUCAGGUUUAUAGGACAGAAUACGUUGAUAAUGGUGACAAUAAAUGAUCAGUUCCCCUUAAUUGGUUUAUGAGUGUCUGUAUUAUAUCCAGUCUCUCCUUACCUGACAGCAUGAAGAAGAUAGAUAGAUGUUGAAGUUUCUUUCUUUUCUUGUGUUAUAAGCUAUGCUGCAAACUACUGACUAGAAGUUGGUUUCUUAUGCAUUAUGUUGUGUUCCAAUUCGACUUCAUCAGUAUAGUCUACUGUUUUUACUCAUGUUAACUGCUAUAAGUAUUUGACUGCCACAACUAUUCCUAGCUGAUGUGGUGGCAGUUCUACUUUGGAUUAUGAAAUUUGUUUUUUCUAUUAAGUUUUGGAUAACCUCUGUUUAUGUAUUAGAAUUGUCAAUUAUUUGGUGCAUAUAUAACCAUCUGGUUACAUUUGGAUGUGAAUUUUUCUUUCUUGUGGACUGCUGUCACAGCCUUGCCUUUUCUGUGUUUAGUUUGACACAGACUUCCAGUCUUUCACCAAUUUGUAACCUCUAGAAUGAUGACAACGCCUUCAGGAUAUAAUUUGCGGUGAUUGGUUGUUUGUUUCAGUGUGAUCUUUUGUGAAGCUGUUGCCAUAUACGGUGUCAUUGUGGCAAUUAUCCUGCAAACAAAAUUGGAGAGUGUUCCUGCUUCACAGAUAUAUGCUCCUGAAUCUCUGCGAGCUGGUUAUGCAAUUUUUGCAUCUGGUAUUAUUGGGAAAAAAUCCCAAGUUACACAUCUUUUUAAAAAAAAAUCUCAAAAUACACACGUUAUGAAAAUAAUUCCCAAUCUACGUUAGUUUGGGCCAUCACCGCUGUCGACGAAGACAGUGAUUGCAUCACUGUUGUCGACGAAGACAGUGAUUGCAUCACCGCUUUCGACGAAGACAGUGAUUGCAUCACCGCUGUCGACGAAGACAGUGAUUGCAUCACUGCAGUACACGGCCGCGGUGAAGGCCUGACCUGCGUCGAAACUUGAAACAAACGUAACUUUGUGCUCGGUUAUCCGAUCGUAGCAAAAUUUUUUUUGAUUCCGCAUAAUUUUUCGAGAUCUUGCAAGUCGCAAAUGGCCAUAGGAGGUUUGGUCCCGCCUUCGUCUCGAAAAUAUGUCGUUUGCUACCCCGAACGAGCCUUUUUUCGAUUUCGUCAAACUUUGAAUGACCAUAACUUUGUGCUCCACAAUCCGAAAAUCAUGAAUUUUUUUUUGAUUUCGCAUAAAUUUUUAAGGACUAAAAUAUUUAGUAGGAGAGAAUUUUCAAAAAAUGAAUUAUUUAUGGAUAUAAGGGGUUUUGGGAAUAACUUUACCUUCCUUUUCAGGAAUCCAAGUACAUUCCGAAAAUAUGUCUAUGAUAAAAAUUGUAGUCCUUAAAAUGUUAUGCGAAAUAAAAAAAAAUCAUGAUUUUCGGAUUGUGGAGCACAAAGUUAUGGUCAUUCAAAGUUUGACGAAAUCGAAAAAAGGCUCGUUCGGGGUAGCAAACGACAUAUUUUCGAGACGAAGGCGGGACCAAACCGCCUAUGGCCAUUUGUGGCUUGCAAGAUCUCGAAAAAUUAUGCGGAAUAAAAAAAAAUUGCUACGAUCGGAUAACCGAGCACAAAGUUACGUUUGUUUAAAGUUUCGAUGCAGGUCAGGCCUUCACCGCGGCCGUGUACUGCAGUGAUGCAAUCACUGUCUUCGUCGACAGCGGUGAUGCAAUCACUGUCUUCGUCGACAACAGUGAUGCAAUCACUGUCUUCGUCGACAGCGGUGAUGGCUCAAACUAACGUAGAUUGGGAAUUAUUUUCAUAACGUGUGUAUUUUGAGAAUUUUUUUUAAAAACAUGUGUAACUUGGGAUUUUUUCCGUAUUAUUGUUGGCUUCGCCAACCUCGUUUGCGGGUAUGUAUCUCCAUCUUACACUGGUUGAAACCCGUUAAACUUCGUGUUGCAUUCAGAGAAUAAUUCAACUUUUCUUAUUUUUGUGGGGACUUCGUUGUACUCUGUUGUCUGACAACAGGGUGUGUGUUGGAGUCAUUGGGAGCAGCUGUGCACUCUCCGAUGCCCAGAACUCAUCACUUUUUGUGAAGAUUCUCGUGAUUGAAAUAUUCGGCAGUGCUCUUGGGUUGUUUGGAGUGAUUGUGGGCAUCAUCAUGUCUGCUCAAGCAUCAUGGCCUUCCAAAGUGUAACAACAUGUCGUUAAUGGAAUCAGAUGAAGGAAUCGAGGGACCAUGUAAUGUAGGUAUUACUCAUGAUCCCAAGUGCGCCCUGUGUAUCUUAUUCUUUCAUAUCGUUUGUUAUGAAUACAAGGUGUUUGGUAAAAAGAAAGAAAGAUGCUUGUGGGGGAGGUUAGACCACCUGUACUACUGUUAAGUAAGUUUUGUUGUCCGAACAGAAUAAGUACUCGGGACCAAAUGAGUUGUGUAAUUUUUACUGAAAAGCUGGUGCGUUACUGUUGAAUGAUUGUUGUUGUGUGUUCCCUGGUAGAUUCUUUCUUCUGCUCCGUGAAUGUCCUUGGACUUGAAGACGUGAGGGUGAAGGCAGUUGCUGAAAUUUCUUGCUUGCUUAGGUUGAACAUAACUCUUGAAAUGUUACUCUGUUGCGUCAAGUACUAUCCAGCGAAAACGAUCUAUAAGUUUGAGUAGUUACCUGAAUGCAUAAAGGCAUUAAGGCUGG